GGUACACAACAGCGCCUCAGUGUGACUCUGACCACCAGUGAGUGAGGGUGUGUCGCUCUCUCUACCCCACACACCCCUUUAUACACCCCCUUAAAUUCCACCACUUACCACCAAAGGGUGCAAAGUGUCCUUGCAAGUUGCAAGUGUCGGUUGCAAAGUGUCCGUAGUGUCUUAAAACGGUAAAUAAAGUACGUAAUCACGCUACAAAAGCACACACAAAAAAGUUGAAAUUUCUCAAGGUGGAAGUCAAGGAUAAGUUAAUAUUUUUAACCUUUAAUUAACAAGUUUAAGAUAAUGUUAACCAGUGUUAAGGAUUAACUUAACUUGACGGUGAUUAACCUGACCAUCCAACAACCUUAAUUACCUGGUCAUCAACUUGUAAGGUUUGGAACAGUCCAGGCUCUUCCAGCUUGACUACAAGGUUCAUUCCGGUCUUGUACAGUGAUGGGAGCAGUGUGGAGACGGUGACAGUUGUAAGGGCGGUUCCAGGGUGAUGGGCGGCCAACGAGGCGGUGUGUGGGCGUGGUGGGCGGCGGCAGCGUGGGCGGCGCUAGUCAUCACGCCCACGCUAGCUGAAUGGGACCAAGACUGUCCACCAGGAUGCAAGUGUACCUACGCUAGCAACAGGAAGCUUGCUGACUGUCGGCAUGCAGGGUUCUCCACGGUCCCGACCACGCUCAGCACGGAGGUGCAGGAACUUAACUUGGCCAACAAUAAUAUUAUGUUCCUGGAGAAGGAUGCCUUCAAGAGGGCCGGUCUGGUGAACUUACAGAAGUUAUACCUGAACAAAAAUAACGUCCGAAGUGUUCACAAGGAUGCAUUUAGAGACCUGCGUAUCAUGAUUGAACUGGACCUGAGUGGGAACCGCAUAGACAAACUCCAUCCCUACACCUUCACUGGUCUGGAGAAGUUACGUGUGCUGGACCUUAGUACCAACCAGUUGGCUCGACUAGACGGGGUUCAGUUUCCUCCUUUACCUCACCUCCGUAAGCUGGACUUGCGGGAAAAUGCUCUCGCCUAUGUUCACAACUUCGCCUUCUCCAACCUGGCGAUCCUCAACUCACUCCGGUUGUCAGGUAAUCGCCUGCAGCUGAUACAACCACAGCUUUUCCUCAAUAACACCAGACUUGUGGAGCUGGAGCUGCACGAUAACCUGUGGGAGUGUGACUGUCGGCUGAAGGAUCUUGUCAACUGGGUGAAGAGCAGAGCUCUCCUUCAGACCCACGUCACCUGCAGCUCGCCCGAAAGAGUUUCAGGCCGAAAGUGGGAGACCUUGUCAGAUGUUGAAUUGGCUUGCCGGCCGGAGCUCAUAGUUCCUCAGUCCCAGAUUCCCGUUGCUCUGGGCCAGAAUGCUUCCAUGACUUGCCGGGCCUCAGGCGACCCCCUACCUCAGCUAAAGUGGGUGCUUCACGGCCGCGUCUUGACCAACAUGUCCAUCAUACCAUUCUCCCAUCCGGAGCAGAGGUACAUGGUGAAAGAAAUUGUCGAGGGCAAGGAUCGAUGGACGCAGCUGACUGUGCCGCUUGUGACUGAUCACGACUUGACAUACUACACCUGUGUGGCAGAUAACCUGGCUGGGUUAGUUGAGCAAAAUGUUUCUCUCAUCCCAGCAGCACCAACAUUACCUGGAGCAGUUUCCCCUAAAACUGGUCUUGAACUGUAUGUAAUAAUUAGCAUAGCGUUGGGUGGUCUCUUGUUGCUGAUCUUGAUUUUCUUACUAAUUUGUUGCUGCCUGAAGAAGCGCAGGCACCACGAAUCCAAGCUUCGACCUAAGGUGAAUGGUGUGGCUGGGGGAAAUCACAUAGAGCAUAAAAAUGUGAUGAUAGUUAAUCCGGUUGAGAAGCCACCACGGAAAUAUGAGAAAGUGCCACAGAUUGACUUUGAGUUAACUGCCCUCAGUCCUGAUCCAGGAGCUCACAGAAGUUAUGAUGAAGUAGACUACCCUGAAGCUGGCCCAGCCUCUCACCGCUCUCCCUUGGCCACCUUGGAGGAGGAAGAUGAUGACCUUCCUUCUCAGGACACUACCUUGCCUCUAGACAGUACUGCCACACCUUCGCAGUGUGUUUUGGCAGACUAUGCAGCACAUUAUCCAGACUUGCUAGACAUGACACGACCAAGAGCUGUGUCACCAACGCAGCUCUCUUACCACUCACUGGUGGCGCCUCAGUUCACCACUCCCGGAGAGUGGCGCUACAGCUAUGUAACCCCUACAGAGUUGUCUCACUACCCUGCUGCAUAUGUUCCUCCUCACCAAGUGCAGCCACGUCCCGGGUAUGUCACACUGCCUCGUAGACACCGCUCCCCCUCCUGGGCAGGCACCUCCAUGGUUGAACCAGACACUGCCUCAUCACCACCCCCGGCAAGCGAGGAUGGGAAGUUGGUAAGGUUUGACCCAAUUUACGACACUCUAGGACCACGUACUACCGCUGACGGCACUUCUCGCACGGAUUUGACCCGCCCGGCAUUACGAGCAGCCGAGCCUUUUACGCCUCAUACGCCGCAGUCUCCGAGUUCUCCACCUUCUCUUCCCCCAUACUACACUCCCAUCAGCCAGAGUGCUCACCCAGGCCGACUUCACUCUCGAAAUCAGAGUGCCACACUGCCACGCUCGACACCAAACUUGCUCGAAGGUAGCAGCUUGAGCCUUCCCCAACAUGAGGUUCCUUCUUCUCACUUGACUACUCGUGCUGCCCGCCUGGCUGCCCACUCCCCGACACCGUCCAAUGCUAGUACUGUGCGCACCGGCUCUCCUGCCUACCGUACAGCAUCUCCUAUUGUUUCAGUGUCUCAGAACCAUUCUCCACAUCGACCCAGCACCAAAACUCCACUGGGCUCCAGUAAUGAAUCUACUCUGGAUUCUUCGCAGCACAACAAUAACAACAACACCAUAAGUGGCAAGGGUGAUUUAAAUGCAAGCGAGAUGAGUGUAGGGUCCUCAGGGGGACCAGGUAUCGUGGGGAAUUCGGGAAAAAAAGUACCUCCAAAACCUCCACCGAAACCCAGCGGCAAACGACUCUCAGUGUCCUCAGCUGGUAGUGACUCAAGGAAAGGUUCCCUGGCGGGCGACAACGCCAGAGUCUUCCAGGACGAAGGACCCGACGGUACUGAAGUGUGAAAAAAGUGAUAGACAUCACUUAGACUAUUAGAGAUUUGUGGUUGCACAUGUAAAAUAUAACAAAGAUCAGGCUGGAAACUAGAAUCCAUAACCGAGAAGACAGGGAUUUGGGCACCAGAGAGUUAGUGAUUCUAGCAGUGGGAGGGUCUAGUAAUUCCAGACCCCCAAAUUGUAAGUAAGCAAAAUGUCUUGGAAUUUCACGUUGUUUUCCAAGACAAGAUAAUGAACACUGCUGUUAGACAAGAGACUGAGCAGCCAGGAUCAGUGUGCCAAGACAUGUUUUCAGGCUGACUCUAGUGAUUUAAAAGCCUUCCAGUGUGUUUAAAGAUAUUUUUAUCGGAAUAUUUUGGGUAUGAUUUACAUACAUUUCAUUAGCACAGAAAGUGAUUUUUACAGACAAAUAUCACAAAAGCCUACAAAGACGGGUGUAUAACGGCCACGUAAAUUGGCCAUUUUAAAACAUUAAACCAAGUACUAUAUAAAUAAAGUUUUCCGUUGUCAGAAAAAUCUGCAUUUAAGUGUGGGAAAUAUUGCCUAUGACCCACCAGCUUGCUGUGAAUAUAAAUAAUGAAUAUCAAACUGAAGUUUGAGGAUGUUACUUGAUUUAGGUGAGGUUUGAUUACUAUGCUAAAUAUAUAUAUAUAUAUACAUAUGUAUUUUCAUAAUGCAAAUAACUAAGAAGUUUUGUAUAUUCAUAUUUAUCAAAGAGACUUAUUAUGCUUUAUGUGAUAUGCCAGAGCAUAUCUAGUGACCAUUUGUGUAUAUUCUGCAACAAAGUCAUGCCAACCAAGAGUUUUGGAUUGUUGUAUUAAUGUUGGUCAUGAUAGAUUUUCGUACAAGCGAGGACAUGCAUUAUUGUUGGUCAUGAUAGAGAUUUGUACAAGCGAGGACAUGCAUUAUUGUUGGUCAUGAUAGAGAUUUGUACAAGCGAGGACAUGCAUUAUUGUUGGUCAUGAUAGAGAUUUGUACAAGCGAGGACAUGCAUUAUUGUUGGUCAUGAUAGAGAUUUGUACAAGCGAGGACAUGCAUUAUUGUUGGUCAUGAUAGAGAUUUGUACAAGCGAGGACAUGCAUUAUUCUUGGUCAUGAUAGAGAUUUGUACAAGUGAGGAUGAUUUCCUCACUUUUCCUGGUAAAUUUUGUGAGUAAUGACAACUGGUCACCAAUGUCCAAAUUUUUUUUUUGUAAUGCAGGGUUCUUUUAGAUUAUUGCCCGAGACAAACCAUGUUCUAAUGUGCGUGAUCUUUUAUGUUUAUCGAAGUUGUGGUGUUUACUGUAGUGUUUUGUUAUAUGUUUGUGACUGUUUGCUGCGAGCAUGCUUGUCAGGAAACAAAAGCUAAAAGUUCCUUUUUGUACUUCAAAACCAAUGGAAAAAACUGUUACUUUUCCAGUUAAUCUGGAAACAAAAGCUGGAAGUUCUUUUUUGUACUUCAGAAUUACUGAAAAAUCUGUUACUUUUCUGGAAACAAAAGCUGGAAGUUUUUUUUUGUACUUCAGAAUUACUGAAAAAUCUGUUACUUUUCUGGAAACAAAAGCUAGAAGUUCCUUUUCAUACUUGAAAAUUACCCGUUACUUUUCAAGUCUGCAAACAAAAGCUAAAAGCAAGCUUGUUUUAAAGCCAGUACAGAACCUAAAUAAAGUUACCGUUUAAGUCGCAGAAAAAAAAAGUGAGCUUAUAUUCCCGAGGCUGUGUGCAGGAACCCCAGAGGGAAUCAACCGGGUCGGUGUGGCAGUGUUUAUAACUGCCAGCAGUGUCAAACCUGACAGUAGAAGUACAAACUUGUAAUGACUAAUGCUAUUACAAUCAGUUAAUAUAUCCAGACUUUGAUUUACAGUAACAAUUGGUAAAAAAUUCAACUCAAAACUGAGUUUUUUGAUUUACAAUAACAGUUGGUAAAGAAUUUAACACCCCAUUGAGUUUUUAUUGACAAUAAUUGGUAAAGAAUUCAACUCAAAAUUUAAUUUUUAUUUACAGUAACAAUUGGUAAAGAAUUCAUUCAUUUUUUUUUUUAAUAUCAAUAACAAUUCAUGAAGAAUUUGACUCAAAAUUGACUUUUGUUUAAUUAAAACUGGAAAAAACUUAGUGUUUAGAGGUAAACUGAUUUCAUUGGUCUUUUAUUUACAAGUUUGUAGUGUAUAUUUUAAGUUUUAAGCCAGGUGAAUUUUUUUUAUAUAUUUUAACAUGUUUAUAGUGUGUGAAAAAAUGUUCUUAUAUUUCUUUAGAGGGAUGCCAAAUAAUGUCCAUUUUGAUCCUGGCAAUUUGCUCAUGCUGUUUUUUUCUUAAAAGUGACUUUGAAUACACAAAUAACCCACACAUAGGAGAGAGGAGCCUAUGAGGAUGUUUUGGUCCACUUUGGACCAUUUACAAAGUCACAGCGUGACUUUGGUCAUUUACAAAGUCACAGUGAAACCUUGGACUGUUUGCAAAGUCACAGUGUGACAUUGUAAAUGGUCCAAGUUGGGCCAAAAUAUCGCAGUAAGCUCCUCUUUCCUACAUCCGGUUUAUUUACGUAUUGUUCGUCAUGGUAUUGUGCCUUUUUUGUUCUUUCUUGACUUUUAAUAAUUGUACAUUGUGUUACACAGAGGACCUUAGUUUUUUAAGGCUUUGAUCUCCUAUACUGUUUGUGUAAUAAAAACUAGUGCCAAGUUCGAGUCUUGACGGAAAUAAAUUACUGUAAGCGUAGCAAGACAUCGAGGGUGAGAAUGCACACCAAGAUUUUUUUUUCUAGGAACGAUGGGAGGGCCAGUACCUAGUUUCAGAGCUGUGCCACUACCGAGAUGCCUCGACACCAUUAAUAUUUCUUUGACCUCGGUGCAAGGGAGUGUUUAGUGGGUAUGCAAUUGUCGAGUCGUGUUAGCAACGAGAAAUUUAUAAAACGUGUCCCUUAUUGCUGUGAUGUCAUCAACUGUGUAAACAAUUAACUUUUUUUUUUUUUAGUAUGUAUGUAAAAUGAACUGUGUAAAAAAUUUACUUUUUGUUUUAGUAAGUUUACAGUUUUUUGUUUUCUCAAAAUAGCUCAUUUUUUAAUACAGAUUAACAAAAUAGACCCAAUGAUAUGGAUGGCCAGGAUCUUACUUGCUCUCUUGACGUCAAUAAUAAUAAUCUUUAUUUCUACACGUACAUGAUACAACUUAAACAAUAGCUGACAUCAGUAACAUACUGUAUAGAAAGUCCCUUGUUAUUCAGAGCAUUUCUGGCAUAUUAUUCUAAUUUUGUUUGCAGGAUGCAACCCAUACCAGUUGGCUAACAUCCAGGUACCUACUUACUGCUAGGUGAACAUGAACAGCAGGUGUCUUAAGGAAACUAAUUUUGUUGCUCAGAUUUUGCUUAUCAGUGAGUUAGUGGUUCUUGGCUGACAUCAGGAAGAAGGACGACUGUCCCAUUGACAGGGAAACAUUGUUGUGCAUGCAAGAGAUUCUUCUUAGGAUAAGAUAAAAUUUUCUUCGGAUUUUUAACCCCAGAGGGUUAGCCACCCAGGAUAACCCAAGAAAGUCAGUGCAUCAUCAAGGACUGUCUAACUUAUUUCCAUUGGGGCCCUCAAUCUUGUCCUCCAGGAUGCGACCCACACUAGUCGACUAACACCCAGGUACCUAUUUGCUGCUAGGUGAACAUGGCAACAGGUGUAAGGAAACACGUUGAAAUGUUUCUACCCCUUUCUUUCAACACACUGGCCAUAUCCCACCGAGGGGGAGUAUACUUGGAGAGUAUAUCUGGAGAGGGUUUAAGGGGUCAACGCCCCCAUGCCCCAAUCUGAGACCAAGCCUCGUGGUGGAUCAUGGUUUGAUCAACCAGGCUGUUACUGCUGGCCGGGUGGCCCAAAAGGAAAAACGAAAAUUUCUCCUCUUACAUUUAGUAACACAUACAGGAGAAGGCAUUUUAGUCACCUCCUAUGACACACACCGCUACCAGAGGAAGAAUUCUAUUCCCCUUUCCCGUGGAGAUGCAAGAGAUUGCCCAGGUGAAUUUAUAGGAGGAGAGAAGGGGGGAAGUGUUGGGUUGAUUGCAGUUUCUUGGACUGCAAGAAGUUAUUUGAUACUGUACCUCACAAGAGAUGAGGUGAAGGCAGGAAUAACAGGUAACAUUUUACUCCCAUGCUAAUGGUAUUACUCUUCAUUCUCUUUCAUAAUGUUUGAUCUCUACCUCCAAGAUACAGCUGGUUACCUAUGAAGUCUGGCUGUAUCCAGACUGAAAUCCACAACACAGACUUACCUAUGAAGUCUGGCUGUGAUCCAGACUGAAAUCCACAACACAGACUUACCUAUUUACUGCUAGGUGAGCAACGAGAGGCAACAAGCGUAAUAUAAAAAAAAACUUGCCAACAUGUCUUGCCCUACUUAGAAGUGAAGCCUUGCUUUUUUUUUUUUUGUUUGUUUGUUUCUAUACUCAGCUUAAAGAAUCACGGGCUGUGUGUGUGGAGGUUUUUUUGCAUUAGGAGAAAUAUUUCAGUGGUAUUUGUGUUUUUCUGGGUAAAGAAGCACUUAAAUUUUCUCCCUGCUUUAUCCUAUACCUGGAGUUUACCUGAGGAGAGUUCUGGGGGUCAACACCCCUGCAGGCCCGGUCUGUGACCAGGCCUCGUGGUAGAUCAGGGUCUGACCAACCAGGCUGGUAUUGCUGGCUGCACGUAAUCCAAUGUAUGAGCCACAGCCCAGCUGGUCAGGUACUGACUUUAGGUGCUUGUCCAGUGCCUUCUUGAAGACAGCCAGGGGUCUGUUGGUAAUCCCCAUGAUGUAUGCUGGGAGACAGUUGAACAGUCUUGGGCCCCUGACACACUGUGUUGUCUCUUAUUGUGCUAGUGGCACCUCUGCUUUUCAAUGGGGGUAUGUUGUACCGUCUGUCGAAUCUUUUGCUUUCGUAGGGAGUGAUUUUUGUGUGCAAGUUUGGUACUAAUCCCUCUAGGAUUUUCCAGGUGUAUAUAAUCAUGUAUCUCUCCCUCCUGCAUUCCAGGGAAUACAGGUUCAAGAACUUGAAGCACUCCCAGUAAUUGAGGUGUUUUAUCUCCGUUAUCCGUGCCAUGAAGGUUCUCUGUACAUUUUCUAGGUCAGCAAUUUCGCCUGCUUUGAAAGGUACUGUUAGUGUGCAACAAUAUUCCAGCCUAGAUAGAACAAGUGACCUGAAGAGUGUCAUCGUGGGCUUGGCAUCCCUAGCUUUGAAGGUUCUCAUUAUCCAUCCUGUCAUUUUUCUAGCAGAUGCGAUUGAUACAAUGUUGUGGUCCUUGAAGGUGAGAUCCUCUGACAUGAUCACUCCCAGGUCUUUGACGUUGGUUUUUCGCUCUAUUGUGUGGUUGGAAUUUGUUUUAUACUCUGAUGAAAUUUGAAUUUCUUCACAUUUUCCAUAUCAGAGUAGUAACUGGAAUUUCUAAUCGUUGAACUUCAUAUUGUUUUCUGCAGCCCAUUUAAAGAUUUGGUUGAUGUCUGCCUGGAGUCUUGCAGUGUCUGCAAUGGUUGACACUGUCAUGCAAAUCUGGGUGUCAUCUGCAAAGGAAGACACUGUGCUGUGGCUUAUAUCCCUGUCUGUGUCCGAUAUGAGGAUGAGGAACAAGAUAGAAGCUAGUACUGUGCCUUGUGGAACAGAGCUUUUCACCGUAGCCGCCUCAGACUUUACUCUGUUGACUACUGCUGUUUGUGUUCUGUUAGGAAAUUAUAGAUCCAUCUACCGACUUUUCCUGUUAUUCCUUUAUCACACAUUUUGCACGCUAUUACACCAUGGUCACACUUGUCAAAGGCUUUUGUAAAGUCUGUGUAUAUUACAUCUGAAUUCUGUUUGUCUUCUAGAGCAUCCAGGACCUUGUCGUAGUGGUCCGAUAGUUGGGACAGACAGGAGCGACCUGCUCUAAACCCAUGUUGCCAUGGGUUGUGUAACUGAUGGGUAUCUAGAUGGGUGGUGAUCUUGCUUCUUAGAACCCUUUCAAAGAUUUUUAUGAUGUGGGACAUUAGCGCUAUCAGUCUGUAGUUCUUUGCUAUUGCUUUACUGCCCCCUUUGUGGAGUGGGCCUAUGUCUGUUGUUUUACCUAACUGUGGGACGACCCCAGUGUCUAUGCUCCUUCUCCACAAGAUGUUAAAAGCACGUCUUGCAGUUCUUGAUGAACACGGAGUUCCAUGAGUCUGGCCCUGGGGCAGAAUGCAAAGGCAUGUCACUUAUCACCUUUUCGAAGUCAUUUGGCAUCAGGAUAAUAUCAGAUAGGUGUGUGUCUACCAAAUUCUCUCUCUCUCUCAUAAAAAAUUCAUUUAGGUCUUCGACUCUCAGUCUGGUUAGUGGCUCGCUCAAAACCGAGUCAUAUUGGGCCUUUAGUAGCUCACUCAUCUCCUUGCUGUCAUCUGUGUAGGACCCAUCCCAUUUAAGUAGGGGCCCAAUACUGGUUGUUGUUCUAGACUUUGAUUUGCCAUGAGAAAAGAAAUACUUUGGGUUUCUUUCAAUUUCAUUUAUGGCUUUUAGUUCUUCUUGCAUUUCUUGACUCCUGUAAGAUUCCUUUAGCUUUAGUUCUAUAUUUGCUAUUUCUCUGACCAGUGUCUCCGUACGUAUUGCAGAUAUAUUGGCCUUUUGUAGCUGCUAUGUAAUUCAUUACCUUCGCCUGUAUAAGGAGCGCCUUUCUCUUUCUAAUUUACAUCUUCUCCUUUUCCGUAAGGGAAUAUGCCUUGAGCAUACCUCAAGUACCACAGAGUUAAUUUGUUCUAGACAUAGGGUAGGAUUCGUGUUACUCAGUCUAUCUUCCCAGUUUGUCAUUUAGGACUUGGUUUACUUGGUCCCACUUUAUGUUUUUGUUAUUGAAGUUGAAUUUGGUGAAGGCUUCCUUGUGAC